UGAAGUGUGUCCCUCCGCCGCUUCCGUCCGCGCUGACAGCAGCAGUAAAGAUGGAGAGAGACUCUACGGUCCGCAGAAUCAGAGCCCAGCAGAAUCAGAACCAGCAGAACCAGCAAAACAUUCGCGAUGAAGCGAACGCGACGAACGGGUUCCGGAGCCGCAAACCCAAGCCGGAAGUGAGCGCACAGUUGCUGAGUGAGACUUCCGCUGUGGUUCUGAUGCUCGGGUUCGUGUGUGUUCUGUGGGUUCUGGUUCUGGUGUCAGUCCAGCAGCUCGUCAUCAGCAGAAGCACAGGACAGUUCAACUCCGUCCGGGCCAGGAAGCAUCUGGAGCGGAUCACGAGCGUGGGGCCGCGGACCGUGGGGAGCCCAGAGAACGAGGUCGUGACGGUGCAGUAUCUGCUGGAUCAGAUGGAGCAGAUCCGGGCCGCGAGCAGAACCGGGCCUCACUCCAUCACUGUGGAGGUGCAGCGGCCCACCGGCUCCUUCAGCAUCGACUUCCUCGGCGGCUUCACCAGCGUCUACGCCCGCGUCACCAACAUCGCCGUCAGACUCGAACCCAAGACCGGCGCGCAGCACUUCAUGCUCGCCAACUGCCACUUCGACUCCGUGGCCAACAGCCCGGGAGCCAGUGAUGACGCCGUCAGCUGCUCAGUGAUGUUGGAGGUUUUACACUCUCUGGCGAAUCUCUCGACUCCUCUCAAACACGGCGUGAUCUUCCUGUUCAACGGGGCCGAGGAGAACAUCCUGCAGGCGAGUCACGGCUUCAUUACCCAGCAUCCCUGGGCUCAGCAGGUGCGAGCGUUUGUGAACCUGGAGGCGGCAGGUGUGGGGGGGAAGGAGGUGGUGUUUCAGACAGGUCCAGAGAACCCGUGGCUGGUGCAGGCGUAUGUGCGAGCCGCUGUUCACCCGUUCGCCUCAGUCGUCGGUCAGGAGGUUUUCCAGAGCGGAGUCAUUCCCUCAGACACAGACUUCCGCAUCUACAGGGACUUCGGGAAUAUUCCUGGGAUUGAUCUUGCGUUCAUCGAGAACGGUUUCAUCUAUCACACUAAAUAUGACACUCCGGAGCGAAUCCACAUCGACUCCAUCCAGAGAGCAGGCGACAACAUCCUGUCGGUGCUCCUGCACCUGGUGAUGUCGGAUGAGCUGGCGGAUUCCUCGGAGUAUCGCCACGGUAACAUGGUGUUCUUCGACCUGCUGGGACUGACGGUGGUGGCGUAUCCCGCGCGCGUCGGCACCAUCAUCAACCUCAUGGCGGCCGUCGCCACGGUGAUCUACCUGGGCAGGAAGUGCAUGAUGACCAGCAGUGAGGGCGGGCGGUACACACGUGAUCUGGCGUGUGCGGUGUGUGUGGUGCUCCUGGGCUGGGUCGUGGCUCUGCUGGCGGUUCUGAUCGUGGCUCUGCUCGUCACACUGACGGGUCGCUCCAUGUUCUGGUACACACACUUCUACGCCGCCGUCUGUCUGUACGGAUCCGUCGCCGCCGGCAAGAUCCUGCUGAUACACACGCUGGCCAAGAACCUGUACUACGGGAGCGCGAGUCGUGUGUAUCUGUCCGAGCUGUUCUUCGACGUGAGUCUGCUGUUGUGGUGUUGUGCGCUGCUCUUCCUCACUCAGCGAGGGUUGUGUUCAGCGUACGUUCCCAUGAUGAUGGUGGUGUUUCCGCUCGCCAGCAAACUGAUGCUCAGAAAACACUUCAGAGCCAGAGGAGCAUCUCUGCAGUACUCUGUCCUGUACCUCGUGGGUCUCACCGUGCCUUAUGUCCACAUCAUGUUCCUCAUCUGGGUGGUUUUUGAGAUCUUCACACCAAUCCUGGGCCGCAGCGGAACCGAAAUACCACCAGAUGUCGUCCUGGCAUCAAUUGUUACCCUGGCAACCGUGAUUCUGUCUUCCUAUUUUAUGCAUUUCAUCUAUCUGUCGCACAGCACGAAGCGGAUGCUGGCUGGUCUGGGGUCAGUGUUCACGCUGAUGUUUGUUCUGGUCUGCUGUGGUCUGUUCUUCCCGUACUCUGGUGACCCGUCCAGUCCUCGACCCAAACGAGUCUUUGUGCAGCACACCACACGCAGGUUCCACGCGCUGGACGGGUCUCUGCAGAGCUCCGACUCGGGAUUAUGGGUCAACAGUCUGGAUUACACCGGGAUGCAGCACAUCACUCCUCAUAUCCCAGAGAUCAACGACAGCAUCCGCACACACUGCCAGGACCAGCUGCCCUACUGCGGAUUCCCAUGGUUCCUCCCGGUCAAGUUCCUGGUCAAGAAGAACUGGUAUCUCCCGGCUCCUGAAGUCUCUCCUGAAGCUCCGCUGGAGUUCCGGCUCUUAUCCAGACAGAAGACCGAAUGGGGAAGCGUUAAAAUGACUUUUGAGGUCAAAGGCCCGACACACAUGUCCCUGUAUCUGCUGCCUGACGCCGGUGUGUCUCUGAGCGGAUGGUCAUUCGGUGACGGGACGCCCCAGUUCGACCUCAGCGGGGAAUACUUCAUAUUCUACUCCCACGGCCUCCACGCUCCGGCCUGGAGCUUCUGGUUCGAGAUCCAGUCACCCAGAGCUUCAGAAGCGUCUCCUGACGAGGGCUCGAUCUCUCUGGCCGUCUCCGCUCAUUAUUUCUCCGGUCCGGACCGACGCUCCGACCCGCUCGAGUCGUUCCUGAAGAGAUUCCCAGACUGGACGUUCCCAUCCUCAUGGAUCAGCACAUACCACAUGUACAGAUACUGAGGGCCCUGAUCUCACACAC